GGUAUCGAGUUGCAGCUCCGAGUUUCAUGCUUAGCGCGAUUAUCAGAGCAGCUGCUUGAGCAGCAACUUGAAACUUUCAUGUUCCAUAUACCAGAGGUCUAGAGCCAGCGGGGGGGGCAAGUGUAGCCCUUGUUUACAUUUAUGAAUAACCGUUAUUUGUUUUUUGUCAUUGUUUUUUGAAAAAAUGUUCGUGAGGGCUUCUGCUACACACCAAAAUACGUACGGCUCUGUCACACCGAGCAGCACAAAAAUGACCAGUCAACAGUAUCUUUCAUAAUCAUUUUAGUCUGUGACGCCAAAGUGUGCUUGAUCAUUCGCUUGGAAGCAUUCACAUUGCAAUGAAUACAAAUACCCAGCCCUAAAUACUAGAAUGCUCGAAAUGCAGAGAAUUGGUUUAUUGGUAAGAUGAGUUAUUGACAAAGCCUUCCUGGGUAGAAGCGAACGAAUGGUUCGCAGCAAACCUGUUAUAAAAUAAUAAUAUGUCGAACCCACAUUAUUAUCAUUAUUAUAAUCUAUAAUUUAGUGAGGAAAUUUGAGACGAUUGUGUCUGCAAAUGUCUUCAGAAAUUAGGGAAAUCAAACGCCAAUAAGUAUUAAAGUAAAUGAGGCUAGGCUGUUUGCCGUCACAAAGCUGUUCAUUUCGCCGUCAUAGCUCCUCCACACGGAACAGAGUUGGCCCCAGAAAGACAGGCAUGGAAACAUGUACAACAAUUAUACUCAAAUUUACAUGCGACAAACAAGAUGUUUACUUGCUUUUGUUAUUAUAUGACAAAAUAUUGAGUCGGACUAUAUUCAGCAAACAAAAAAUCACAAAUUUUCUCCAUCACAUUGACCCUUAGAAAGCAAGUAAUAUGACCAAUGGGAGCUGUUUGCACUGAAAUGUGCUAUGUUGCUCUCACUCGAGCAUAUUUUUCAACGUUUUCAACGGUUUUCAACGAAUGAUCUGAGUGGUUAGAGCAGACAGUACCUGCUAUGAAAACUUGAUCAAAUAAACCGUAAGUCUUGAAAACAAUGAUUGUUUUGGAUUUGACAAAACCAAUUGUUCAGGAAAAAGUGUUUAGUUGUAAAGAGAAGCUUUUUACCCAAAUUUACCUGCAAAGGCUCGAAAAGUUACUUGGCUUGCCUCGACUGGAAUAUAUAGUUGACAAAUGAAAUUAGAUCGUGGUUUUAAUCUGACUGGGAUCAAAUUCGACGUGUUUAAAUACCUGACAAUCGAAGAUUAAGCUGGACGGUUAAGGACAAUCCGUUACCAAUCUCUAGCAACACAAAAAUGGAUCUUUCCCACUCAAUCUCUACGAUGGCAAAGCCAUGGCUGCAAGGACCGUUAGCGUUGUCGAAGGAAAGCUGCCGUUUUGAGCUCCCAAUGGAUGUAUGCCGCUUAUCGCAAAUGACAGUGUUGGACUACUUGAAAAGCUACUGUGUCGUGUGUUCGCGGAGACAGCAGCUAUACAGGCAAUCAUUUAUCCGCGCUGAUAAAGACCGCGAUGGAUUCUUGACGCUAGCGGAUUUAAAAGACACGCUAACAAAUGUUAUAUAUGUGCAGUCAGAAGCUAAGUCGUGUUUUGAAGAACUCAUAGGGUUAAUAUCCGAGAAAAGCAAUAAAGAAAAUGAGCAAAACCAGGAACUUAAAGUAAAUCUCCAGACCUUCAAAGGAAUAGGGGCUUUGCUUGAGCGCAUGAUUUGUUGGCGAAUGGACAAACACAAUUCAAGCGAUGGAAUAAGAUGGUCACAAUAUGAUCGAAGAAACACUUUGGAACAGACUGAUUUUGAUGGUUUGAAAUGGAAACUAAAGGGUUGUAAGAUAAACAGUAAACUACAAGUGGUUUUCAAAUAUCUGUAAUAAAAGUUUUAAUCGAUGACAAAGCUUGAACAAUAUAUAUACAAAGGCCGCAAACGAAUGGGAAAUCGGGUAUCAACAUUCCGAAUGAUAGUUUAUAUAAGAUUAGUAGAUUAGUGACGAGCGUGUAUAAGUAGCCAUUUCUUUCUUGCUUGUGAAACGAUGCAUUCAACAGUAACUAAAUUGCCGCAAAACGCAACGCAAGACCCGUGGAAUUCAUGAAUGGUUAGCUCAUCCAUUCUGCACAUCCCUAUUUACGGAAGUUUGUCGAAAAUCGAUUUUAGAUUUGAAAUUUUUGUUCACUGCAGCAGCAAAUUUCUGUGAGAUGUACAGGAAAAGAUAAGUUUUGAAAACAGCAUAAUUUGCGGUCUGAGUGUCGAAACAACGAUCGGCGCAGACUAAUUCUAACAUAAACAUUCCAAUUCUAUGAUCCAUUUUUAGCUAAUAUAUAGAUAAAAGAUCGACAACGCUAACUAGAAACCAGGAAUUGUUGGAAUUUUUGUUAGGAUAAAUGGAACAUAACAAGUCUUAAGCAUACUAUAUUGAAAUGCCAGUUGAUCGUGGUUAAGUAUUACGAGAAUAUGCUCUUAAAAUGGUUUUAUUUUCAUGAUGUUCAUGUAGUUGGCAUCGAAUGUUCAUAUCGUGAUACGGUUAGGCCGGGCCAUUCUAUAUAUUCAGGGGUAAGAACAAGGGUAAGAACAAAGACAUGAAUAUCAUUAUAUAUCUGCAACUUAAUUAAAUUGUUGCUUGACUGUUUCCCAUCAUAUGGCUGCUUGCUGCUCGUAUAUGAAAUACCUAAUUUUUAGUCCAGUUUUUACCUUUUUUUACCAUCAGGUAAAUUAAUACAUGCAGCUUACUAUCACUCAAGAAUAAUGUGCAGCUCAUUUCAUUAAUUUAUAGCAGCAUUAAAAAUUAUCUAUUCGGAUAUGAGAGCGACUCAUAGUAGGCAAUGAUGCCAGCUUACCAAUGCUUUGAAAACAAUGCAUUUACCUUGCUAAAUAAAGGUAUGAAA